AUAAACCCAUACUGAUACUAUAAUGGCCCUGAAAGUUGAAGUUUAUCAGAAAGAGAAAGUGAGGCCAUCCUCGCCAACUCCCAAAACCUUAAGAUCCCACAAGCUUUGUCUCCUUGAUAUGAUGGUCGGAAAUUUUUAUCACCCGUUUGUUUUCUUCUACAACUCCGGCGCCGGGCCUGGUCGCCACGAUUACGAUGAGCUCAAGGAAUCGCUCUCCAAGACAUUGUCCGUCUUGUACCCCCUGGCCGGAAGAAUUAAAGAUCGAUCAACGAUCGACUGUAACGAUGAGGGUGCGGAUUUCGUCCGAGCGAAUGUUACAAAUACUGAUUUGGCCGAGUUUCUCCGGCGGCACCCGAAGCUGGAACAUCUACGGCAGCUACUUCCACUUGAUCCGUACCCUAACGCAAUUGAUCCGGCCCAGCCAAUGUUAGCUGUCCAGGUGAACAGGUUCCGGUGCGGCGGAACUGCGGUGGGGUUCUGCACUUGGCACGGGGUGGCGGAUGCCGGUGGGAUGACCGGAAUGCUUAACACCUUGGCUGCAAUCAACCGGGGGGAAGAACCCACUAAUUCCGGCGGCGGUCUCGUCGUGGACGCCACCGCAAUUUUCCCGCCGGGGAACUUCGCCAUCUUCCUGCAGUCAAUGUCCAAUAAUGCCGCCGUCGCGCCGCCAAAGAGAAAACACUACACCUCCAAAAGAUUUGUUUUUAGCAAGCAGGAUAUCGAGCGGCUGAGGAGGAACCAGUCCGACCACUCGGAUAUGAAGCACCACCGUCGUCCAUCUCGAGUGGAGGCGCUGUCGGCCUUCUUAUGGGCGGCGGUAAUAAGAGCAACUCUACUAGCGAACCCAAGCCUCAAGGCGCACUUGCUCACACAUGUGGUGAACUUGCGGAAGAAGUUGAACCCGCCCUUACCUUCGCACUGCCUAGGCAACAUCAACCAAGUGACCCGCGCCGGGUGGAAGGUAGUCGCCGGCGCCGGCGCCGGCCAACGGGUUACUGCGGAGUCGCUUGUAGGAAGAGUGGUGGAAGCCAUCGACAAGGUUACAAACGAGUACGUGAGGGAAAUGCACGUGGAGGGUGGGUAUCUCAGAGCCAUAUUAGCCCAUUCAAAGGAAUAUGACAAUAAAGAUGAGACUAAAAUGUUACGCAUAACUAGUGUGUGUAAAUUUCCCUUUGGUGAAGUUGAUUUUGGGUGGGGCAAGCCAAUACGUAUUGGCAUGGGUCAUAAACUGGAGGACUUGGCUCUUUUCUGGGAUACUGAAGAUGGAGGAAUAGAAGUGUCGGUUGGAUUGGAAGAUGAAGUUAUGUGGAAUUUAGAUAAGGAUAUGGAAUUUCAUGCAUAUGUGUCGUUUGCCCAAAUCGUUUCAGAAUCGUCUUGUCCUCAACGAUCUGCACUCUAAGCUAGGCCGGCAGGGAUUUAGAUCAAGGUAAGGAAGGCCGGGGAAAGGAAUUGAAGUCCAAGACAUAUAUGAUCACUUGUCAACUUUUAUUAAGUUUCCUUCACAUCUCCUUUAAAUAACAAAAAUCCAUAAUCAAUGUCAUUUAGAACAUCAUUUCUUCUUAUCAAAUAAUAUAAUGAACUUGAUUAGAUA